AUGAAGACAGACGACUGCUCCCUGGUGGUAGAAUCACCUUACCCAGACUUGGUCAUCAACAUAGGAGCAGUGACUCUUGGUGAAGGAAACAGAAAUAAGCUGCAGAAAACUCAGAGAGAGCAAGAGAAGGCGAAAGUUACACAGGCUGCAUGUGCUUUGUUAAACUCAGGAGGAGGAGUGAUUUGGCUGGAAAUGGCAAACGAGGAUGAGCAUCCCGUGGAGCUGGGACUGGAUUUAGAACAGUGUUUGAGGGCGCUUAUUCAGUCUUCGGAUCUGCAUGCUUUCUUCGAGACUAAGCAACAAGGGAGGUGUUGUUACAUUUUCGUUAAAUCUUGGAGCAGUGACACUUUUCCUGAAGACUGUUCUGUUAAGCCCCGCAUUUGCAGCCUGGGUACUUCAUUAUACCAUAGAUCUGGCACCUCUGUGCUUCCCAUAGAUUCAAGAGAAGCAUUCACUUUCCUGAAAAUCAAGAAAAGAGAUGCAGAAAAUAGUCCUAUUAAUGAAAGAUCUCCAUCUAGUGAAAUUCCCAAAGCUGGACGUCAGAUUCUUGAAUCCCGUCCUGCUCACCAGGUUUUCCAAAGAGACAGAUUUGAAUAUGGUGAAGUCUUACCUUUUCCUAAGUCCCAGUUCACAGAGUUUAAACAAUUCUCUACAAAGCACAUCCAAGGAUAUUUAAAAAGCGUAAUUCCAGAGUACGUCCCUGCAUUUGCAAACAGUGGGGGAGGCUAUCUUUUUAUUGGAGUGGAUGAUAAGAGUAAGAAAAUCCUGAGAUGUGCUAAAGAAAAUGUUGACCGUGACUCUUUGGAAAGCCUAAUAGCAAAAGCAAUUUCCAAGUUGCCUGUUGUCCAUUUUUGCUCUUCCCAAACACCAGUGGGGUAUGAGACCAAAAUUAUAGAUGUGUUUCACCGGGAAAAGUUGUAUGGUUAUCUCUGUGUGAUCAGAGUGGAGCCAUUCUGCUGUCUGGUUUUCUCAAAAGCUCCCAGUUCAUGGAUGGUGAAGGACGAGCAUGUCUGUAGCCUGACGACUGAGGAGUGGGUAGACGUGAUGAUGGACACGGGUCCAGCUUGCUUUCUUUCAGAGUUGACCGAAGCUUUUGAAUCUCAGCUAUCUCACAGGCCUCCAAGUUGCAGACCAGUAUAUUCUAAGAAAAGUCUGGAACAUAAAGUAGAUCUCCAACAACGUUUAUUUCCAGUGCCACCAGGACAUCUGCAAUAUACUCCUGAAUCCCUCUGGAAGGAGCUGUCCUCAGAGCAUGAGGGUCUGGAGGAAUUAAUCAAUGAGCAAAUGCGUCCUUUCUCGCAGGGAAUUUUGAUCUUCUCUAGAAGCUGGGCCGUGGACCUGAACUUGCAAGAGCAGCAGGGAGUCAUCUGUGAUGCUCUGCUGAUAGCACAGAACAGCUCCCCCAUUCUCUACAGCAUUCUCAGGGAGCAGGAUGUGGACGGGCAGUUCUGUACCCGCACUGCCUUCACUCUGAAGCAGAAGCUGGUGAACAUGGGGGGCUACACCGGGAAGCUGUGUGUCAUGACCAAGGUCCUCCGCCUGAGUCCUGAGAGCCAUGCAGAGCCCUUGGCCGGUUCCGGCUCUCCAGUUGAUUACCCCACAUCCUAUGACCUUGCAGACACCCAACAAAUGGAAGCCUUGCUGCAGUCCCUUGUGAUUGUUCUGCUCAGCUUCAGAUCUUUCUUGAGUGACCAGCUCGGUUGUGAGGUUUUAAACCUGCUCACAACCCAACAGUAUGAGAUCUUCUCAAAAAACCUCCGCAAGAACAGAGAAUUGUUUGUCCAUGGCUUACCUGGCUCAGGGAAGACAAUCAUGGCCAUGAAGAUCAUGGAGAAGAUAAGGAAUACAUUUCACUGUGAAGCAAAUAAAAUUCUCUACGUUUGUGAGAACCAGCCUCUGAGGGACUUUAUCAGUAAUAAAAGGAUCUGCCAGGCAGUGACCCGGAAAACCUUCAUGAAAAAUAACUUCAAAGAGAUUCAACACAUCAUCAUCGAUGAAGCUCAGAAUUUCCACACUGAAGAUGGGGAUUGGUAUGAGAAGGCAAAAAGCAUCACUCAGAGAGAAAAGGGUCACCCAGGGAUUCUCUGGAUCUUUCUGGACUACUUUCAGACCAGCCACUUGGUUGACAAUGGCCUCCCCCAUUUCUCAGUCCAGUAUCCAAGAGAAGAGCUCACCAGAGUGGUCCGCAAUGCAGAUCCAAUAGCCAACUACCUACAAAAAGUAAUGCAGGAAAUCAUAAAGAACCCUCCAUUUAACAUCCCUCCGGGGUCCCUGGAGAUGCCCCGUGAAGCUCAGUGGGCUCAGGGUGUUCGAGGCAACUUGAAGAUUGUGGUGUGUUUGGACUUGGAGCAGAUGGUGGUCCAGGUAGCAGAGAAGUGCCGGUUUUUCUUGAGGAAUGGCUAUUCCCCGAAGGAUAUUGCUGUGCUUUUUAGCAAAGCAAGCGAAGUGGAAAAAUAUAAAGAUAAGUUCCUAAAAGAAAUGAAGAAGAAAGUGUCUGAGAUCAAUGAUGCAUCCAUUUUGGCCAGUCACAUCCUGCUGGACAGCAUUCGUCGAUUUUCAGGCCUCGAAAGAAUCAUUGUGUUUGGGAUCAAUCCAAGGGUAGCUGAGCCAGCCAUUUUCAACAAUCUGCUGCUCUGUCUGGCUUCCAGGGCGCAGAAACAUCUGUAUAUUCUGACGCUUUCCAACUGA